AUGAAGACACAAACAACUUAUGGUAAUGAUAUUCCAUUUGGCGGUAAGGUUGUUGUGUUAGGAGGCGACUUUAGGCAGAUUCUCCCUGUCAUUUCGAAAAGUAGCCGAUCUGAAAUUGUGGGAUCUGCAGUAAACUCAUCUUAUUUGUGGAAAUAUUGCACAGUAUUGAAAUUAACCACAAAUAUGAGGUUACAAAAUGCUUCUUCUACUGCUUCUGCUGAUGAAAUAAGGGAAUUUUCUGAUUGGAUUCUUCGAGUUGGAGAUGGGACUGCCAAGACCAUUGACGAAGAUGAUUCGACAUUUGAGAUUCCUUCAGAUUUGUUGAUUACUUCAUGUGACGAUCCAUUGCUUUCAUUAGUCAAUUUUGCCUACCCAAAUUUUGUGAUUAAGCUGAGUAAUUAUUCAUACUUUGAAGAAAGAGCAAUCCUUGCUCCCACUCUUGACAGUGUAGAACAAGUUAAUAACUUCAUGUUAUCAUUGAUUCCCGGUGAAGAAAGAGAGUACUUAAGCUAUGACACCCCAUGUAGGUCUGAUCAAGAUUCAGAGAUUAAUCCAGAAUGGGUUACGACUGAAUUUUUGAAUGACAUUCAAUGCUCAGGUAUUCCAAAUCAUAAGAUUGUAUUGAAAAAGGGUGUCCCAAUUAUGCUCCCCGAAAUCUUGGUCACGCUGCUGGAUUGUGUAAUGGUACUCGAAUGA